AUGUGGUGGGUGGAAGUAGCAGGUGACGUGGAAUUUGAAUUCCCAAAAGGGAGAUACGGCCUAUAUUUCAGACUCCAAUUGGGCCGGGCCACAAAGAAAUUGGGCCGACGGCUUUGUAAUGUGGAUCAAGUACACGGAUGGAACAUCAAGCCCGUUCGAUUUGAGCUGUCUACAUCGGACGGCCAGCAUGCGCACUCAGAGUAUUAUCUUCUUAGGCCGGGAGAGUGGGCCCACUACCAUGUUGGGGACUUUGAAGUUGGGCCUCACGAUGGGCCCAUAAACAUCAAAUUUUCGUUGGCCCAAAUUGAUUGCACCCACGCCAAGGGUGGCCUCUCCGUAGAUUGUGCCUUCAUAGGCCCCCACUGA